CCCGCCGCGCCCCGCCGCGCCCCGCCCCGCCGCGCCCCGCCUCGCCCCGCCCCGCCCCGCAGCUCAGUGUCCGAAGCCGUGUCCGAGGCCGUGUCCAAGGCCGUGUCCGAGGCCGUGUCCAAGGAGGUGUCCAAGGCCGUGUCCAAGGCCGUGGCCAGGGACGUGUUCGAGGCCGAGGUGUCCAAGGCCGUGGCCAGGGACGUGUUCGAGGCCGUGUUCGAGUCCGUGUCCAAGGCCGUGUCCAAGGCCGUGUCCAAGGCCGUGUCCAAGGCCGUGUCCAAGGCCGUGUCCAAGGCCGUGGCCAAGGAGGUUCCGUGUCCAAGGCCGUGUCCAAGGCCGUGUCCAAGGCCGUGUCCGAGUCCGUGUCCAAGGCCGUGUCCAAGGCCG